UUCUCCUACUAUGGCAUGCGCGCUGUGCUGGUGCUGUACUUUAAGUACUUUUUGAAAUGGGAUGAUGACCUGGCCACCUCCAUCUAUCAUGCCUUUGUGGCUCUGUGCUACCUGACUCCCAUUCUUGGGGCCAUUGUGGCUGACUCCUGGCUGGGAAAGUUUAAGACUAUCAUCUACCUGUCCAUUGUCUACGCAAUUGGCCAGAUUGUGAUGGCUGUCAGUGCAAUCCACGACAUUACAGACACAGACAGGAAUGGGACACCAGACAACAUGGUUUUUCAUGUCGCAUUGUCCAUGAUAGGUCUGUUCCUCAUUGCUGUGGGCACUGGUGGCAUCAAGCCUUGUGUGUCUGCUUUUGGUGGGGAUCAGUUUGACGCGAGCCAGGACAAGCAGAGGAGUACUUUCUUCUCUGUGUUCUAUCUGUGCAUCAAUGCUGGGAGUCUCCUAUCAACCAUUAUCACACCAAUCCUUAGAGCCCAGGAUUGCGGCAUCCAUAGUUCACAGAAAUGUUAUCCACUGGCCUUCGGUGUCCCUGCAGCACUCAUGGUGGUUGCUCUUGUGGUGUUUAUCCUUGGGAGUGGUAUGUACUACAAAGCUGAACCACAGGGAAAUAUCAUGCUGGAUGUAUGUAAAUGUAUUGGGUUUGCUAUUAAAAACCGCUUCAAGCACAGAAGCAAGCGAUAUCCAAAGAGGCAGCACUGGAUGGACUGGGCAGAAGGAAAAUAUGAUAAACUCCUCAUUGCUCAAAUUAAGAUGGUGCUCAAGGUCCUCUUUUUAUACAUCCCACUUCCCAUGUUCUGGACCUUGUUUGACCAAAAGGGAUCUAGAUGGACUCUGCAAGCCACAACCAUGGAUGGGAAUUUUGGAGCCCUUGUUGUACAGCCUGAUCAAAUGCAGACGGUCAACCCCAUCCUGAUCCUGACUCUUGUGCCUCUCAUGGACAGCGUUAUCUACCCUCUGAUAAAGAAAUGUGGGCUCAACUUCACACCUCUGAAAAGAAUGACAGUGGGAAUGUUCCUGGCAGCCAUGGCUUUCGUCUGUGCUGCACUGGUUCAGAUUGAGAUUGAUAAAACACUGCCCACCUUCCCAUCAGGCUCCGAGAGUCAGCUGAAAUUACUUAACAUGGGCAGUAAUUCCUUGACAGUGCGCCUCCCUGGCGGUCCAGUGGAACUCGCUGCAGCUCAGGCCAGUGAGAAUUAUUUUACAUUUGAAGAAGGAGAAAUGGAGGUCUCAGCAGGCAAUCUUUCGGCACCUAGGUAUUUUAACCUGACGCGGGAAAAGCGGCAAACACUUCUCAUUCCCUCAGACAUCAACAAAGAAUGGGUCCUGAGUGAAGAUAUAACUACCAAGCCAGAACAAGGCAACAAUGCAGUCAGAUUUGUUAAUGGAAUGAGUACAGUAGUGAACGUGUCAACAUCUGAAGAAGACUCUGUACUAAUUGAGCCAUCUUUUUACUCCAACUAUUCCCAGAUAAAAAAUGGAAAGACUGUCUUCACCAUACAAGAUGGUGUGCAGUCGUGUGAAUAUACCACGGAAUUUGGAUUUGGAAGUUCCUAUACUUUCCUCAUCCAAAGUUCUUUCACCUUUGGAUCCGAUUGUGGGGCUGCCAUUACUGUGGUAGAAGACAUCCAGCCCAACUCGGUUCACAUGGCAUUGCUGAUCCCGCAGUACUUCCUCAUAACUGCUGGUGAAGUGGUUUUCUCUGUCACUGGUCUGGAGUUCUCCUACUCACAGGCACCUAGUAACAUGAAAGCAGUGCUGCAAGCUGGCUGGUUGUUCACUGUGGCAAUCGGCAACUUCAUCGUACUAAUUGUGGCUGAGGUUGCACAAAUCCCUGAACAGUGGGCAGAGUUUGUCCUCUUUGCUGCUCUCUUGGUUGCAGUAUGUGUCAUAUUCUCCAUCAUGGCACAUUUCUACACCUACAUUGACCCAAAGGAGAUUGAGGCCCAGUUCCAGAAGAAAGAUGAUGAAGAUAAUAAGGAUUUUAAGGACCAGCAUGAGAAAUCUGAGCCUGGGAUGGUCAAGAGACUCUCAAAUGAACGUCAUGCCAAAGAAACCAAACUGUGA